AUGCCUCAAUCAUCUGCUGCUGAACCGUCAACUCAUUUUCAUGACCUGCUUGAUGAGCUAAAUUCGGGUGUGAAAGCUGGUCGCAAGAGAAAAAUUAUUGGACCACUUGGGCCCUACUUACGCGCUGCCCGGUGGUUUCCCCUUGAAAUCGAUCCAUUUGCGGACCUGGAAGGAGUUCUGUAUGAUGGAAUGGAGGCCGAGUUUUCAGAAUUGCGAGACGAGGAUCCUGUCCAACCCGAAGAUGAUGAAAAUGGUCGUGAAAUGGAGCAGCGUGUCCAGCAUCACAAGAACUGGGUCAAACUUGUACCAACAUUCAGCGACACCAUUUCAGGAUUUGAAAAGGACCCGGCGGCAAUGGACAAUUUUAUUCACAUGUUAGUUUCAGCUGCAAGUGAUGCUAGAUCGGACGACACUGGCAGUCUCAUGCGAGAGGGACUCAAAUACAUGCUUCUGGAUCCGGAAUCAUCAAGUUUCAAUCCUCCCCUCCUCAAGAAGCAUGGAAAGACUUGCCGUGGAUGGAACCACCCUCAAACUGCGAGGCUUCUGUGCCCUGUGCAACACCUGGAGGAAUUUGAUGUGGACCCACAGGCAUUUAUGGAUGGAGUGAAAGAAGGCCACAUCCACAUCACUGCCAGCAAGCUUCCUAGCUUCAUCUAUGAUGAAGCUAUUGCCCUCUCACCAAAUGGACGCAAAGGGACGAAGACUCCGAAAGGCCGGAUCCAUGGGAUGACAAUACCUACACCACAUGCUAUUGCAUAUGCGGCAGUGCAGGCAUAUUUUCAACUCAGCUCAGCAACACAAUGGUGCAAGAUCAUCGACGAGUUCAAUCUCGUCAAACUUUACAACAGAAUCCUUACCAUGUUCAAGGACAACGGCGCUGGUGCAAGUUGGAUCAAGGAGACCAUCGAACAUUGGAAAGUUGAAACACCAGGGCUUCUGCAAUGGGGACGCACUCGGGCAAGGACCAAUGAGGGAGGCAAUUCGAACGAGGACAGCGAAGAUGACAUGGAUGGAUUUUUCGAUUCUGAUGAGCCAGCAGCGCCUUGUGGGAACGGACCCACAGCUCGCAGCAAUACACUCACAGGCUCUACUGUGACUGGCGAAGGUGACGGCGCAGAGGAACGGCAAGGACCCAGCAGUAAUGGGCAUGGUCAUCCUAGUUCUGCAACUGGUCCUGGUCCUGGUGGAGCACACAACAACAACGAAUCGAGUGGUGGCAUUCAGUCUACCAAUGGCCAUCAGGAUAGCGGAACUUGUCAAAACGGCAGCAAACGAGCACGCGAGAACCAUGAAACGAGUGGCAACAUUCAAUCCACCAAUGGCCAUCUGGAUGACAGCGGAACUCAGCAAAACGGCAACAAAGGACCUGCUCAACAUUCAGACUUGCAACCCACUGGCAAACGUGUGCGAAAAGCACCAACAUGCGGCAAGGCAAGAGCUCCAAAGUGCGGCCACCAUUGA